GGGAGAAUUCAGUUCGAUUGCAACGAUCAAGGAGAACACACCCAUUUUAAAAUGUCCAAGGGAUCGGUACUGCCGCAGUAUAUUGCGGGUCUAUCGGCCAGUUUCGGAGCCCUCUGCAUGGGCGCCUCCAUCGGGUGGUCGUCACCCGUCGAGGAAAAGCUCUACUCCGGCGAAGAAUACGACUUCGUGGUGACGUCCAGCCAAUUCGGAUGGGUAUCGUCGCUCCUCACCUUGGGCGCCACUGUGAUCUGCAUUCCCAUCGGUUUCGCCAUUGACUGGAUCGGCAGGAGGCCCACUAUGCUGGCGCUCUUCCCCCCCUACAUGGUGGGAUGGCUCCUAAUGAUCUUCGCCUCGAACGUCACCAUGCUGUACUUUGGAAGAUUCAUCUUGGGAAUGUGCGGCGGAGCCUUUUGUGUUACGGCCCCCAUGUACUGUACGGAGAUCUCAACGACAUCCCUUAGAGGAACCAUUGGUUCCUUCUUCCAGCUGCUAAUCGUGUCGGGAGUGCUGUUUGGCUACUUGCUGGGAGCCUUCCUCGAUUUGAUGCCCAUCAACAUCGUAUGCGCCAUCCUUCCCAUCAUAUUUGUCACCGUGCACUUCUUCAUGCCCGAGUCCCCCGUCUACUUGGCCCUGAAGGGGAGAAACGACGAUGCCGCCAAGUCCCUGCAGUGGCUGCGUGGCGCUGGUGCCGACAUCGACGAAGAGCUCAAGGAGAUCCUGGAGGAGUCCCAAAGGCAAAAUGAUCAGGAAAAGGUCAAUAUUCUGGCUGCUCUGCGUCGUCCCAUUGUCCUGAAAGGACUUGGCAUCUCCGUUCUGCUGCAGGUUUUCCAGCAGUGUACCGGAAUCAACGCCAUCCUCUUCUACUCCGCCUCCAUUUUCCAGGAUGUGGGUGCCAGUUUGGAAGGCAAGUAUGCCUCGAUCAUCAUUGGAGUGACCCAAGUGGUCAGCACACUGGUGGCAGUGGUUAUUAUCGACAAGGCCGGUCGUAGGAUUCUGCUCAUCAUUUCCGGCCUCCUGAUGGCCAUUACCACAGCCCUGCUUGGUCUUUACUUCUUUUUGAGCGAACAAAGCCCCGGUUCGAUGGAUAACUUUGGCUGGCUGCCCAUCGCUAGCAUCUGCAUCUUCAUCGUCUUCUUCUCGAUCGGAUUCGGACCGGUGCCCUGGCUGGUUAUGGCCGAGCUCUUCUCGGAGGAUGUCAAGAGUGUGGCGGGAUCGAUUUCCGGCACCAGCAAUUGGCUGUCGGCCUUCAUAGUUACCCUGCUCUUCCCGAUCCUCAAGGAAUCCAUCGGACCGGGUCCCACUUUCUGGAUCUUCACCGGGGUUGCGGUUGUGUCAUUCUUCUAUUCGAUCUUCUGCGUGCCGGAGACCAAGGGCAAGACGAUACUGGAGAUCCAGCACAUCCUUUCCGGCGGAAAAGUGAAACAUGUGGAAGACGACGAGGGGAAGAAGAUCUAGGAGUUAAGGCUUAUAUUCCAUUAGUGAAAUUUACGUAUAAGAAAAACCUAUGUAUGAUCUUGAUAAAAAAAAUUAACUUGAA